AUGAAGCCAACAGAGAUCAGAUUCUCUCUACAGAGACCUCUACAGCACAGAGAUCCAGACAUGACACCUACAAUCACUGCAGCAAUGACCAACUCUCAGGAGCAUCUGACUCUGACCCACAAGCUCAGAAAACCUCUGGUGGAGAAGUUACGCAGAGAGCGAAUCAACAGCAGCAUUGAGAUGCUCAAGUCUCUCCUGGGUCCAGAGUUCCUCAAACAGCAGCCAGACUCUAAGCUGGAGAAAGCAGACAUCCUGGAGAUGACAGUUUGCUUCCUGACACAGCUGCAGCAGCAGAAUCAACAGCAGAGAAGACUGCUGAACCACGUCAACAAGCUGCAGUCUUCCUCUGAUAAGAACCUGAGAGAGGCUGACUUCUCUCUUCUGAGCUCCACAGUCCAGACCAGCAUCACCAAAGACAAGAGUCCACUCAACAGCGCCCUCUGGGGGCCGUGGUAGACACCUGCAGACUGGAGUUUCUACCAGAUAAACUGAGAUGACCAUGUUGGUCAAAGAUCACCGGAAUUGAAUUCUAUGAAAUCUAAGGACUUGUUCUUCUGUAUGAACAGAAGGUGGAAUUUUUGUUUUUUCUCUUUUUGUAAGACGACGUUUCCUAUGGAAAUGACAACAUUAUCUUUCAUGUAAAGAAAGAGAUCAUCUUGUCAUGCGUGUUGCAUGAAUGAAACGUGAUUGCAGGAGCAAUUAUCACACCUCACUGUACUUCAUGUAUUGGUCAUAUAUAAUGCUAUGGU